AUGAAUACGGUCCUCUCCAGAGCGAACUCCCUCUUCGCUUUCUCUCUGUCCGUCAUGGCGGCUCUUACCUUCGGCUGCUUCAUCACCACCGCUUUCAAAGACCGCAGAGUCCCUGUCCACAUCCAGGUGUCCAGAGUCCUGCUGUAAGACACUCACACACGCGCACAAACAUGCACACACAGCUGUACUUCACACCUGUUCCUCUGCUGUUAUAUCUCAGUGAUAUUGAUCAGAGUUUGAAUGCAGACAGUCUUUGUCUAUAACCAGGUCUGCAGAGUCUCCGUGUCAAACAGCUGUCGGCUCAGUUACCUUAUGAACACAGUCUGUGUAUGUUAUCUUUGUAUUGAAUGAUGUUGUUUAGCAGAUUAUAAAUCCUAUUAUCACCCAGAAGGACUGUGAGCAGUUCAAAGACGGUUCAGACAAACGGGUGCAAAUCAGUCUGCAGGUGUUAUGAUGUAAAGUGUUCCUGUUUCAAUGUGUGACCACAGAGCAGAGGGGUCAUAUUUCCUGUAGGUGCGAUUUGAACAGAUAUCAUAUAAAAUAAUCAGUUUCUUCUAUGCUGUUCAAGAAAAUUUGAAUUAUAGCAUGCUGCUUUUCACAGAUCUUGUGCCCUAAUGUGUUUCCAUACGUUUGCUCACGUGUCUUCUAAUAUCUCACUUCCUGUCUCCUUCCUAUGUCUCCUCAUAUGUCUACUCAUUUGUCUCUUUUUGUGUCUCCUCAUGCAUCUCCUUAUUUGUCUCCUCAUAUAUCUUCUUAUGUGUCUCUGGACCUGUCCUCUCUUGUCUCUUGUAUAUCCUCAUCUGUCCCAUAUGUGUCCUUAUUUGUUUCCUGAUGUCUCUCCUCGUUUGUCUUUUCAUGACUCCUAAUAUGUCUCCUUGUUUGUGUCCUAAUAUGUCUCUCCUUGUUUGUGUCCUAAUGUGUCACUUAAUUUGUCUCCUGAUGUGUCCCCUCAUAUUUCUCCUUGUGUCUCCUCAAAUUUCCUAAUGUUUUUCCCUCAUUUGUCUCCUUGUUUAUCUCCUCAUGUGUCUCCUUAUUUUGCCUUAUGUGUCUCUUAACGAGUCUCACCUUUUGUCUCCUCAUUUGUCGUUUCAUGGCUCCUAAUAUGUCUCUUCAUUUGUUUCCCGAUGUAUUUCUGAUAUGUCUCCUCAUUUGUCUUCUAACGUGUCUCCUCGUAUGUCAUCAUGUGUCUCCUCAUUGGUCUCCUAAUGUGUCUCCUUGUAUGUCCAUCGUGUGUUUCCUCAUUUUUCACCUGAUGUUCCUCACGGUAUUCUUCCUUGUGUCUCCUCAUGUGUCUCACAGGAAGAACGUGGAUGAUUUCACGGGUCCCAGAGAGCGCAGUGACCUUGGCUUCGUCACCUUUGACCUCUCAGCUGAUAUCCUUUGAUGAAAUGCAGAAAAAUGAUUUUAGUAAUUACAGAAACGUGUCACUCCGCUUUUUGUUUUUAAGUUUAAAAAUGAAAUUAAGUUUCUCUGAGUUUGCUGAAGUUUCAUAAACAUGACUAAACUUUGUGAAGUUCAGAAAGUUUUGUUCUUAAAGGCAGACUAAGGCAGAGUUUGAAAGCAAAUAAAAAUGAAAUGAAAUGAAUCUCUAGAUGAGUGAAAGAAAUCAAUGUUUCAAUAAAAUCUAUCAGCAGUUUAUUGAAAACAUUAAAACACAUUAAACAGCUGAAAGUGUGUCAGACUGAGUCUCCUCAGAGAUCCAGAGAAAAAUCGCAUUUUAAACAAUUUUAACAAAAUGAAUCAAACAGCCACACGAUAAACAGUGAUGUAUGAAUUUAUGAAGCACAGGGUCAGCUGCAGGAAGCAUCUCUCUGUGUGUUUAUCAGUGUUAUUGUUGGUCUUUAACCAGUUCCACAUCUUCAGCCCAUCUUUGACUGGAACGUCAAACAGCUGUUCCUCUAUCUGUCAGCAGAGUACGCCACUAAGAGCAACGUGAGGGGAAACACACACACACACACACACACACACACACACACACACACACACACACACACACACACACACACACACACACACACACACACACUUGUGUCCACUCUAAACUCAGUCACAUGAUCCACAAGAACAAUAACAGUCUGAACUCCCAAUAUGCGUAUUAUUACACAAAUUGAGCUUUUGGCAAGAUGAAAAGGAAGAUGUGACAGAAUCAUUUAUAUAUGAUCCACCUCCACCACCACCAGCAGCAGCAGGAACAGUCUGUCUGAGACCUUGUACACACAUAACCGGGUAUUUUUAUAAACAAAUAUUCAACCUCCUCCGUUUAAAAAACAGUAACGUACACACAAUAAUCAAUAGUAAUCGUUCUCAAAUAAAAUCCCAUCCAUACCAAACCGCAUAAAUAUGCUAGUGACCACGGUUUUAGGCAUGCCAGACCUGGAGUUGGUAGUAUCUGCUGAAAAGUUAGACCCAUUCUAUCCAAUCAGAGCAAGCUUCCCUUUCUCGUCGUCACUUCCCCAAACAUAAAGCAUAGCGUUGUGUAGUUUGUUUGUGUAGACUUAGGUCAAAAAGACACAAGAAAGGUGGAGGAAGGGUUAUUUGGUGGAGAAAAAGUGACAGCAAAGCACUCCUUCUCCUUUGCUCCUCAAAAAUAUAUACUUAACUGCGCUGUCUACUGAUGUUUAUUUAUGGGAUGUCGCGCACAAUUACGUUUGGGAAUUUAAAACUGGUUUUCUAUGUCCACGCUCAAAUGCAUAACCUGAGUUUUCUGUAAUGUUCACUUUGGCCAGAGUUUUCCAAAAGCACAGUUUUUAAUGACGUAAUCCCACGGUUUCGUGUGGACGGCAGGCCAAAACGUCUAAAAAUAUAUUCGUUUUAGCAAAUACCCGGCUGCGUGUGGACAGGGCUUAAGAGAAACUCUGCUCCAGGUUUAGACUAAAUACACACUGAGAUUAUUAACAACAUGGAACAACAGAGAGACUAUUAACUGAUGAUCACAUCUGUGUGUUUGUGUCAGUCUUUGAACCAGGUGGUCCUCUGGGAUAAAAUCGUCUUAAGGGGUGAAAACACCAAGCUGAACCUCAGAGACAUGAAGUCCAAGUAUUUCUUCUUCGAUGAUGGUAACGGGCUCAGGUGAGACUCAGGUGUAUGGACAUAAAUCUGUGGUUGUGGAUAGUCUGUGAUCUUGAACACUGUUUUCUGCACAGCAUCUGAAAUCUCAGUCAGAGCUGUGUGGAAAAUGAAGAAAACCACCGGUACUCCGUUUAUUCUGUGUCCUGAUUAGAGCCAUCAGAAUCAUCUCACCCGCAGAUUGGUCAUUAUUUAUUUCAUGUUUAUGUUUAUAUUCAUUGUCUGUUUGAUUGUGAACUCUAUCUCGUAAAUAUGGAGUAUGUCAUACUUAGCCCCUCCCCCAGACUUCUCUCUUCUGAGCAGGGUUAGAGGCUUUGAAACUUUGUACUUGUCAUGUUGGGCUUGUACGUCUUCUCAUCACUGAGUAGAUUCAGAACAUUAUGAAAGAACAUUAUUACAGCUGAUUGUGCAUCACCAUUAAAAGUAAAAUUGAUUGAUGAUUGCAGUUGGAUGUUCUCUGGUCUGUGAUUGGCUGACGGUCCUUUCUGUCUCUCCUGCAGGGCCAAUAAGAACAUCACUCUGACUCUGUCCUGGAAUGUCGUCCCCAAUGCAGGAAUCCUACCCCUGGUGGCUGGCAGUGGUCACAUCAGCCUCCCCUUCCCUGACACAUACGAAACCACCAAGAGCUACUGA